AUGAGCUCUUUUUCUUCCUCGUCGUCCUCCAACGAGACGCUUAGAAAGAAACGACGGACAUUGCGUGAUGCGGAAGCUGAUUUAAAAGCCUGUUACAAUGCACUACAAGAAGCCAAACGAAAACUUAUGCUAACGGCCCGAGAGAACGCCAAAAUGAAGGUGUUGCUGUUGAAAUACAUUGAAAAAGAUGACUCGUUGAUGUGCUCCAGUCAGCUCACUGAGUCAACAAGCAACAUCGUCCAAACCGAGUCAAGCUCUCCUCCUGCUGCUGAAACGGACACUUCGGCUCUGUCACAGUCUCCACCAGGAUAUACAACAGCUGAGGAAGGAGAGAGCGAAGACAGUUUGUGGAACCGUGAUUUUCAAUCUUGUGGUGAUGGGUUUAUGGAACCUAUUAGUCAGCUGAGUCAGAUCAGUCAGGUCAGUCAGUGGAGUGACUUGAGCUCUACAUCGAAUCUGGACGCUAUCAUACAUUUUCUGGAGACGCAAGACACGUCAGAGCCCAAUCGGAUGGGGAUACAACCGACUGAAUAUACCAAGAUGAAGGAGCAGAAGACCGUUGUUCGUGUGGGUAUAGGAGUAUUGCUCAUGUCGAAGAAACACCCAGACUGUGUGCUUAUCGGGCAGCGAAAGGGCUCGCACGGGGAAGGCAAGUUUGCACUACCAGGCGGACACUUGGAAAUGUAUGAAAGCUGGGAAGAGUGUGCCAUUCGAGAAGUUAAGGAAGAAACAGACUUGAAUUUAAAGGAAGCCCACUUUGCUACUGUCACUAACGACCCGAUGGAGGAUGAAGGCAAACACUAUAUCACGAUUCUAAUGCAAGCCAUCGUAGACGACGAGCAAACGGUCAGGAAUAUGGAGCCAAACAAGUGUGAGGGCUGGAGCUGGGUGCCAUGGGCUGAGCUGUGCACACGUGACGACAUGUUUACGCCAUUGCUCCACGUGACUCACAGCAAUUUCACGCCAACGUUCAUUAAGUCUUGA